GCGGAUUAUUGAACGUUCUAUAAGAGGUGAGACUAGAAAGAAUCCUUCAACAUAUGUUUGGAGUGAUAUCACGUUAUUUGGAAUGUGAAUGGUGAACUCCCCUAUCUUACCUAGGCUUAUGUGUUGCUGCCACCCAUACUACAGUAGAGAUGGAUGUGACUGACAUUUUUAAGGUGAUACUACAAAGGAAUAUGUGAUAUGAGUGGUACAAUCCUGUGAUGUUGUUUACAGUAGGACAUGAGUGAAUCUCUGCCCAUCAACAGUUUGUAAACUCAGUAUGUCUCUCCAUGCAGUUAGGGUUGAAACAGAGCAGUUUGUGGUGGGCAGUGCCCUCUAGAGGUGGGGUCAGUCAGUGGGAAAUCCCCCUUGUGGGACUACUGUUUGUUCUCCAACUGAACCCCCUGUCCAUGUGUGUAGAGGCAGGAGGAGGGGUAUGGUGGGGUUUUGGCAGUGACAGAGCAGCCCUUCUCCCUAGCCAGGAAAACCAGUGGCGUCUCGGUGGUAUAGACCAAACCCCCUAUUUGUCAUCGCUAUUUUCUGGUGAACCCCCUACACCACCAUCCACCCAAACCUGCCUAAAAACUUACCCCAGGUUUAUAUUUUGGCACACAGAGCUCCUGCAGGGCCCUCUGUUUUAUUUUCAUGUACCUAUGGGGAUACAUAGUCACCCACUCACCCUGAACCACCAAUGAUUCAAACAGCACAAUAGAUGCAGUUCUUCCCUUCUUGGAAGACCAUUUGUAGAGACAAAGCCAAUGUUUAUGUGAGACUGUUAAGACUAAAAUACACUAAGGCUGCGUUUACACAGGCGGCUUGAUUGGUCUUUUGACCAAUCAGAUUAGCUCUUCUGACGAUAAUUGGACAAAAGAUCAUAGUUGGGCUGCCUGUGUAAACGCAGCCUAAUGGUUUCCCCUACCUGGGCCCUGGAGGCUCAUGGUUUCCCCUGGAGAUAUAUAAUCAGUCCAGUACACACAGCCACUGGCCAAUAACAGGCCAGAGGAGAACAGGAGAAAGUGCACGGUCAUCAUCAGUGAUCUAUCUGUGUGAGUGUUGUUAUUCUUGUUCUUGUUGUGUACAGUACUUGUUAGUUACAAGCUCUCCCUUCCCAUCUGUCACUGGUAAUACUGGACUCAUGGCAGAUGAUGAGGGGUUUGGAUGGACUUGGUCUGUAGUUGUACUUUCCCUUACUUUCUCCAGUCAGAGAGUACUAGGAGCCAGAGGGACCACAGCUCAGAGUAUAUCAGUUGUGACACUCCCUCAGCAGGGGGUCGAAAACAAUCGGAUGCGUCCGGUUUUCAGGGGAAAUGGAAAGAGAGCCUGUGACGCGGCUUCCGCUUUUGGACGUUAACAAGACGACAUUACAUCUUAACUCCUCCUCCACAUUUACUGGAUUGGUUGAACAGUGCGGAAGAGAAGUUUGACAGUUUGACCAGAAAUAAAUAAAUGUCGCUCACGCAUUUAUUUUAUGCCUCCUACGUUAGGUUAGCUGUGACAGAACACUAAUGUGGUCGCCAGUUGGAUGAAACAUUUAGUAUGCAUCUGUAGUUGUAGUAGUUGAUUUACGACGUAUACAGUCUGAUUCUUGUGUGUUGGACACUGCUUCCUAGUGCUCAGGACUGUAGACGAUUACACAUUAAGACAAUUUCUUAAUUGACCUCUUAUAAUGAAUGAAUAGCUAUAUGAUAAGUUGUUUGGUCUUCAGUGAAGACAUAGAGCUUCUUAUAUGCGUUACCACUUUAUGAUAGAGAAUGUUUAUUGUCUCAUUUGUCUCUUUAUGAUUAAUGGGAUCACUGACUUGGAUCCAUUGACUCAAAUCAAGAAUAUCCCGUAUUCGUUUGGUUUCCCAUUUUCUUUGACUAUGUUGUUUUUCCCCUGUAGGAGAACCCUCCUCUUGCUCCUGUCAAUAUGCACAGCAGUACUGUCUGGAGAAGAAGACUACCGAGCACAAGGUGUCGAUAUCCUCCAUUGGCUGGGCCUCACCGGCAGCAGAGACACCCUCUCCCCAGGGACCAGCUCCUCCUCCCUUCACUCUCCUUCUUCCUCUCCCCCAGGUGCCAGGGUCCUACUCAGCCCGGACGCCCACAUUGAAGCCGCCACGGGGGGUCUGUUCCCGCCGGAGCUCGGUGAAGAGUUUUCUGUCGUGGUUAGCCUAAGCUCCUGGCGAGCGAACAAUGCUUUCCUUUUCAGUGUGCGUGACGGCAGGGACAAGCUGCAGUUUGGCAUCCAGCUGCUGCCCAGGAAGGUGGUGGUGUACACCGGCGAAAAGGCCUCUGUCUAUUUCACCUACAACGUGCACGACGGGUGGCAGCACUCUUUCGCCGUGAGCGUGCGGCCGCGCUCAGUUUCGUUCCAUGCGGACUGCGGGGCGGUGCAGCAGCGAGAACAGACGCUGACCCGGGCACAUGUGCUGGGGUCCGGAUCCAGAGGCCUGCUCACACUAGGAAGGAUGAAGUCUAAAGCAGCGCAGUUCCAUGGCCUCAUAUGCCAGCUGGACAUCUACCCCUCAGCCCAGGCUGCUGCACAUUACUGCCACUACCUUAAAAAACAGUGCCGGCUGGCUGACACUUUCCGAUCGCCACCGCCACCCUCCAGCUUGGAUAUGGAGGUUUCUGGCUCCCUGGCUUUCUCCCCUAUUCCUCCUUCUCCAGCAUCCCAGACUGUGGUGGUGCCCCUCUCCCUGGCUGUAGACUCCCAGCAGUCCACCAACCUGGCCGGAUCAGCCCCCAGCCCCAGCCCCUCCCUGGAGGGGUCUGGAAUACCGUAUUUAAGCCCCUCAGAGCAGUCUCACCUGGGGGUCAGGACCCAGACCCAGAGCUUCCUGCUGGAUCACAUCACCUCUAUCCAUACACCCACAGCAGGCCCCAUUGGCCCGUCCUCAGGCACUCUCAGUGGGCUGAAAGUCAUGGGCAUCACACACAGGAGUACCAACUCCAGCUCUGGAUCCAGCCCAACAGGGGGCUCCACCAGGCAGUCUCCCCAGUCUGAGAAUGACACAGAGGAGGAGAGGAGCCCCAGGAGGCCCCAACAGGUCACCACCGCCACCCCAGGCCUGAUCUCCCCUGUCAGGCAGAGCCGCUUGAAGGAGGACCUGAGGAACAGCUCCAGGCCUAGAGACUCUCAGCCCCAGCCCACUAACCACCUCGUGGACACCAAGCUCAGACCCAACGGCACCACCUUGUACCGGGAGAACCAGGUGGACACCUCAGAGGAGCAUGGCCAGGAAGGGGCCUACGAUGUGGGCAUGGAAGGCUACGACUAUGGAUACGAGGAACCAGACUACUUCUACAGAGACUAUGACGAGGCUUUUCCCGGCCCCAAAGGAGACCCAGGUCCUCCGGGUCCUCCUGGUCCCCGUGGUCUACCUGGUCCUGCUGGGAAGAGAGGAGCUCGGGGUCCUACUGGUCCACAUGGAAACCCCGGCUUGCCUGGUCCUCCUGGUACCAAGGGCUCCAAGGGCGAUCCAGGACUGUCCCCAGGUCAGGCCCCGCCAGGAGACAAGGGUGACAGAGGUCCACAAGGUGUUCCAGGUCCAGACGGGUUCGCAGGUCCAAUGGGUCCUAAGGGCUAUCCAGGGCCAUCAGGACAGCCAGGGGAACAGGGCAUACCAGGACUCCCAGGAGUGACUGGGGCUGCAGGUUACCCUGGCAGGCAGGGUUUGGCUGGGCCAGAAGGUAACCCAGGUCCUAAAGGUGUACGUGGUUUCAUUGGUCCUCCUGGUAUAGCUGGUCCACCAGGGCUAGAAGGGGAGAGAGGUAUUCCCGGUCCGGUUGGGAAGAACGGUCCCAAAGGAAGACAGGGAGUUGUUGGGGGUGUUGGUGAAAGGGGUCCUCCUGGUCCUGAUGGUGACCAGGGGCUUGCUGGAGGUGCUGGCAUGGGGGGCUUUCCUGGCCUAAGGGGAGACCCAGGACUUGAGGGACAGCGAGGACUGACUGGCAUAGUGGGAACUAUGGGCCUGGCGGGAAAAGCGGGGCUGCCUGGAUUGAAAGGUGAUAAGGGCGAAUCUGGACUAAGCGGUGAACCGGGAGAGAUGGGUUACCAAGGUGACAAGGGUGCUGCUGGCUUGUCUGGACCUCCUGGACUCCGUGGGAAACCAGGUCCACCUGGUAAAAUGGGUGAGAUCGGACCGCAGGGACCUCCUGGCCCACCAGGACCUGAGGGUUUUCCUGGAGACAUCGGUGUGCCAGGUCCCAACGGCCCUCCUGGACCUAAGGGACUCCUAGGUGCCAGAGGGCCACAGGGACCCCCAGGGCCAAAAGGAACAGAGGGUGAUGAGGGACACCUUGGCCCACCUGGCGGCCCUGGCACCACUGGGAGAGUUGGAAGGAAAGGCUACAUAGGGGAACCUGGACCUGAGGGACUGAAGGGGGAGACGGGGGACCUUGGCGGCAUUGGAAAAAAUGGACCGCAAGGUCCAGUGGGCCUGAUCGGUACGUCAGGGGGAGCUGGAGAUCCUGGUGAAAAGGGUGACCGUGGUCCUGCAGGUCCGUUGGGUGCUCCUGGGGAGAUGGGGUCCAGGGGGUAUCCAGGCUUACCUGGCGGUCCCGGCGAUGUAGGUCUGCAAGGCCCAUUUGGUCCUCAGGGGCAGAGGGGUACACCAGGGGUCCCAGGGCCAAAGGGCAGAAGGGGGCCGAGGGGUGCAGACGGUCCACUGGGGGAACCAGGGCCUGAGGGCACCAAGGGAGAGCAAGGGGAAGGUGGAAAGAAAGGGGAGCCUGGGUUCAUAGGUAAAGCUGGCGGUCCAGGGGAGAGAGGCCUACCAGGGAAGCCUGGGCAAGCUGGGAUCCCUGGCAGCACAGGAGAGAGGGGUGCCCAUGGUGAACCAGGGCCCAAAGGACCUGCGGGGGACGCAGGACCUGACGGAGAGCAAGGACAUGAGGGAGCUCCUGGCGGAGAGGGGGAGCCAGGUCCAGUUGGAGAACCUGGGAUAAAGGGCCACGGGGGGCCGGUUGGAGGAGAGGGGGAACAAGGACAGCAGGGAAUGAGAGGUCUUCCAGGUCCUGCUGGCGAGGAUGGGCCCCAGGGAAAAGAUGGACCAAAGGGAGAGCCAGGUGACUGUGGGCCCAUGGGUGAGGCAGGGGACAGGGGGAUAGAGGGAGACCCUGGGCCUCCUGGAACCACCGGAGUGGCUGGAAAACGUGGUUUCUCUGGUCCAGAGGGGAAACAGGGUCCCCCCGGCAACCGAGGACGGCAUGGCAAGAAGGGUGAGGCUGGCAAACCAGGUCCUAUCGGUGAGACAGGGGACAUCGGGGACAUCGGCCAGGAAGGAGGGAUGGGACUGAAAGGAGCCAGAGGAACCAGAGGCCCUGUGGGUCGUCCAGGAGUCAUGGGGCCUGAGGGGAUGCCUGGAAUUGCAGGAUACACAGGCCACGCCGGCAAACCAGGACCCAUAGGACCACCUGGACCCAAAGGUGAAAAGGGUUACCCUGGAGAAGACAGUAAGACCCCAGGACCUGCCGGGCCACUAGGUGAACCAGGUCUCCCGGGUGAGCGAGGAGACCGCGGAGAGCCUGGAGAUGAGGGAUAUCAGGGCCACACUGGCAUCACUGGACUUCGCGGGGCUGUUGGAGCACCAGGCCUUCCUGGAACACCAGGGGAACCCGGAGAACCUGGCCUGAAAGGAGAAAUGGGAACUCAGGGCUUCGAAGGGAAGAAAGGAGCGAGGGGCCUGACUGGGACCGCUGGUGUUGAAGGCGAAGCUGGUUUACUUGGACCCAGAGGCAUGGAGGGAUACGCUGGGCCUGACGGUCCCCCAGGACUAGUUGGGUUACCAGGAUUUCCAGGGAAGACUGGGCGACAGGGCCAGCGUGGCACCGUGGGGCAGGAGGGGUCGACAGGACUACCUGGUCCCAGGGGGGAACUUGGUCUACCUGGGUUGGUCGGAGAGAGGGGGCCUGCUGGAGAGAAGGGGGAGUCUGGCUUGGCAGGAGAGAGGGGGACCCCGGGAAUCAAAGGCAUGGAGGGCUCAUCCGGAGACCAAGGCAGGAUAGGACACCCAGGACUCAAAGGACAACCAGGGGAGCCGGGAGACCUGGGGAUGAUUGGCUUCUCUGGUUUUCCAGGACCUAAGGGACCAAAUGGAGAUUUGGGUUUCAAAGGCAUACCUGGUCCUAAAGGUCCUGUUGGCAUUCUGGGUUUCAGUGGACCUGUUGGACCAGAAGGGAUGAUCGGCCCAAUGGGGAAACCUGGACCGAAGGGUCCAAAGGGAAGCCAUGGGGAAAUGGGACCCCAGGGGCCACAGGGACAUCCAGGGCCCAGAGGCCACCCUGGUGCUCCAGGCCCGACCAGACGAAUCGAGUACAACUCUCUGUUUGAGUCCAAUGGUGCCUUGAGGACAGAGAUCUACCAGAACACGGAGAUGUCCCUCUCGGACCAGAAUGCAGGGAUCUUUAAGACCCUGCACUACCUAAGCAGUGUGAUCGAGAGCAUGAAGAAACCGCUCGGAACCCGGGAGAACCCGGCACGGUUUUGCAAGGACCUGCUGGACUGCCAACAGAAGCUCUCUGACGGACUGUACUGGAUCGACCCUAACCUGGGAUGUCUGUCAGACGCCAUUGAGGUCUUCUGUAACUUCACGGCAGGCGGGCAGACAUGUCUCCACCCAGUAGCCUCUAACAAGCUGUCGUUCGGUGUGCAUAAGGUUCAGAUGAAGUUCCUCCACCUCUUGAGCACAGAGGCCAGUCAGGACAUUACCUUCCACUGUCUGAGUGACCCUCCCUUCAGCCCCACAAACACCUAUAGUGCUGACGACCCAGGACAGGAGUAUCAGGCCAGACCACCAAGGUUCAGAGGAUGGAACGGACAGAUGUUUGAGGCAGACAGUCUACUUGAACCUCACAUGCUACUAGACGAAUGCAGGAUCCAAGAUGGCAGCUGGCACCAGUCACGCUUCUUCUUCCAUACUCAGGACAGCUACGAGCUCCCCAUCAUUGAUAUACAGGAGCAACCUUUGUCACAGUCCAACGAUCUGCGCCACCUCGAGGUGGGACCUGUCUGCUUCCUGUGAGGUCAUUAUCCAUCGCUAGCCUGCCUGUCCAAAAUAUAGACUAUAAAAAAAACGAGCAUGGCAUAAGCAGGCCAAAAUGGCUGCUUUCCAAACCAAAGAGAGAUCUCUGUACGCCCAAGCAGAGUUGGUCAGGUCUGCUCCCCCACUUGGGAGACCCUUUAUGGAGUGUUAGCGAGUGACAAACGCCCUGUCCAAUCGAUGGCAGACGUCUGUGGAAGAACUCAGUCCAUAGGAAACUAGGCCAGCUUACAGUAAGAUGGCCUCAGGAGAGCAGUGUAUACCAAUAUUUAUCAAAUAAAUGUGUAAAGUGUGUCUGUUUGGUUUUUGUUUUUCAAAAGGUGCUUGAGUUCGUUGGACAGUUGGUCCCUGAACUCAGGACAGGGCUCAUCCACACAACACCCUCCUAAAACUCAAAUCCUGUGCCUCGCUCCCUACUGCCCACCCCCAUCCUCCUUCUCCCCCAUAUUCACCCUACCAGCCAUCCUCAGAACGGGCCUAGCUAUCCGAAGGAAAGCUCUAGGGGCUUUGUAACAGGAAUACUGUACAACAAAAGCUUCCUAAGAGUGCAAUAGCUUGUGAAUUAAGAGUGAGAGAUUUCAUAUUGCAAUUUCAAUCAAAGGUCAACCGCCAGCUCAGACCGCUAUUUUGUUUAUUUUUAAUGUUUGAAUCUGUUGUCCAACACAGCUGGACAUUUACACCUUGGGUAAGUCCAAAAUGGCACCAUAUUCCCUAUGUAAUGCACUAGGUUUAACCAGGGCACAUAGAGCUCAAAAGUAGUGCACUAUAUCGGGAAUAUGGUUCUAUUUUGGACACUGCCCUUGAAAGACGGUGCUCUACCUCUUGCUUGUAUGCCUUCUAAGUAUAGGUGCUAGUGUCAAGUAAUUUUUUGUCCUUAUGUACCGGUUACAUCAAGAUCUGUAUCUGUUGUAAGAGUACUUAUUUGAAAUUUAUAUGAAACAUUUGUUGAUGAAUUACAUAUUUUUUAGCUUUAACUCUUCAUUUUAUUUGGUAGGUGGUAACGUAACCUAUCAUUGGUGCUGCAACAGACACAAGAGCGUGAGACAUCAGUGAGUUGUGAGACAUUUUUCCUGUGUAUACUUUGACAUUAUAUGGUUGAUUAUUUAUAUCCUUUGUUUUUGUUCACAUUACUGUACCCCAAUAAAUUAUACUCUCAGAGA